CUUGAAGUGUUUUUUUUUUUUUUUUUUUUUUUGCCAGUUGAGGCCUCUCGGUCACCUGGCGACAUAAUAAAGAUAUCUGUAGUCAUGUUCGAGUAUCUUACGCGCGAAUACCGCCCCGAAAGCGGUAACAAAACGCCCAAAACCAGCGAACGAGCAGCGCGACGAGCCCCACCAGCCGUUACUGCAGCGGCCAUAUUGCUCACUACGUAACGAUGAUGAUAGUAGUUUUGGUUUUGCCAGCGCCAUCUCUCGGUCGCAUACUUUAUUUCACAACGCCACCGCUACUCUUAUUUCCGUUGCACUGUUGAAGGUACAGUUUCCCUUCUCUGUGCUACCGUUGCCAUAAGCUGUUACCCCACCCGUAACGCCAUUCCAGUUGUUUUCCCCUUGGCGAACGCGCUUCUAUUAAAGAGUUGCGGGAUCGUGGUGCAAGAAUCGCCGCCGGCCAGACCGGCAGAACAGCCACAACGGCUGUCGUCAAGAAGCAUCGGUGUUCGGCGGUGCGGUCGAGUUAGCAUCGCGUGCUGCGUGUGCGCCUGCAUACGUUGCCAGAAAACGCGCGCACUGGCGUCGGCGGUAGGAGUGAACUGGAGCUGGCGAGGAAGCCGCACCAGCGCUAGCCGACUUAAAGCAGCAUGGACUCCUUCGCGAUACCGUUUCCCACAGGAAGGACGGUGGCUGAACUGCCUGGUGGAAGUAAUGGAGACGGUGGCCUGUACACAGAUCACGAAGCUGCCUCGAGGGAACCGCUACAUCUGACAGUGCUGUCGCUCAUGAACAAAGUGACCCGUGUGGAGGCCUUCACCAGCGACAGCAUUCUCGACCUGAAGCUGCUACUCCAGGACAUACUGCUGGUACCAGUCGACCAGCAGCACCUAGUCUACCGGCACCAAGCGCUGGCUGACAGCGACACGCUCGAAGAGUGCGGCAUCCGAGACGGCUGCCAGCUUACCCUCAUCCUACGCAUGCGCGGAGGCGACCCCACACCAGUCGUUUUCGAUGAGGCGGAGCCCAGGAAGCUCUCCGUCUGGAUUCGACGAGGCAAAUGCGUCGUGGUGGCAAGCUGCCUCGGGGCGACCAUCGGCAGCGUCAAGCAGAGCAUCGAGAAACUGACCGGACUGCCGGCGGCCCACCAGACACUCACGUUUCGCGGUGAACGCAUGAGUGACGAGCACACGCUGGCGCACUACGAACUGCGCGAUCGCUGUGCCGUGUUCCUUGCCGCGAACAGCGUCGAAAACAGUGUCGCACCGGCGACAACGGGGGAGGACCAGCCUCCCCAACUGUCGGCGGAGACCGUGCUAGGGAUUGCUGCGCGGUUGUGGAAUCUGUUCUUUUGAGCAUAGUUUUGCUUUCCGCCCUACGCGGUCGCAGAGUGCCGCUGUAGUCCUGCCUACGGCGCUACAAGAUGAUGAUGAUGACUUAUUCGUAUUCCCUUUGAAACGGUGUGGUAACCAAUAUUCACCUAGCCUGCUUGAGCUAAUCAGGUAGUUUAUACAUAAUUUACAGUCUUGCAUUUUGCCUACAUAUUGUUACGAAGUGUGGGUUUAUUUACAGGUGAGGAUAGACACGGCCGCUGGAUAAAAAAAAAAGGUGCACCUUUUUUUUUUUUAUCCAGCAGCCGUGGGAUAGAUGAAAGCACAUGAAGGGAACAGCCGAAAGUGAAGACCCGUCCGGUACGAUCAACCGCCCAGUUGACGUGCGCGCUCCACACCACCUCUUCUUCUAACCUCCGCGUGUUGCCGCGACAAUAUCCAUAAUCCUUUAUUGCGACUAGCAAUUAUAUGGACACUUCAACCGGAUUUCUGCCGUCGCCGUCGUCGUCGCCGUCGCCGUGAGGUUCCGUAUAGAUUCCAAGGGCGAUAAAAUCGUCGCCGCGCGUCGCAUGCGCGAGCGAAAGCGCGCGGGGGACGCGCGCUAUCACGGAGAGCGAACGCACGGUGGAAAGCAAACGUGACCGUCGCGCGAAAGGCCGUGUUUCUAUGGGAGGGAGGGAGGCGGGGCGGCGCUGUGCUCCGGCACCAAAGGCGUAUCUUGCCACUCAAUCUCCCACGCGAAAGCAAGAAACGAAAAGAGGGGGGGGGGGAGGGGGGGCAGCUUCUCCUCUGCCAACAACUUCUCUGCCCUUUGCCCGGCGGUGCCGGUCGCCCGCACCGUCUCUUAUCUCCACACGGCUCUGACCUUUGUACGCGCUGUGCAUUCGCCGCUCAGUUUCCGUUGAAGCGAUAGACCACGCGAACCUGCGCUUGCUGACAGCGUUUUGACAGUCGUUGGCUGCGGUCAUUCAGUGUGAUCUAUUCAUGUUUGCUUGUGCGCGCUGACACCACGAUUGUUAAUUCAGUUAGUAAGCCAAUGUGUCCAAGUUUAUGCAGCCGAUAAAACUACUAUCCCUACUCCGAAUAGCUCUCUACUAAUUUGCUAUCGCUAUCGAUGCUUCGCCUUUUGGGCGAAACUGCGACUUUUUUACUCUUAAAAUUUCUUCAUCUACCUUGUGCCGCUACCAAUGCCUGUAACGGAUCCGGCCCUGCUUGUUUCCGACCAAUGCUCUGAACGUCUCUUGCUUGACCGAAUAAUGCUUCCGUCCACUUGAAAUCCCAGCGCUUCUGGCAGGUGCCUACGGGUCUCGCUGGGUGAAUGCCUUUAGGGUGUGCUGAGUUAUCUCAGGAAUUUUGCUGCUGCACACACGACACCCAUCCUGGUGCGUAUAUUUGUCCCGGUAUGUCUUUGUCCUAUAGGCAACCAGCUCGAGCCUCAAACAGCAAGGCACUGUUCUUUGUGCUACCGUAAGCACUUUCGUGAACAGCGCCACCUGUGGCCAAGACUUCGUCCGUAGCAUGUGAAGAAAACGCUCCGGGAGUGAAAUGCAAUGUGCACGGCACGACCAGCAUGCUUUGAUUUUGCUGCGGUGAUAAACGUUCUGCAAUUUAUACGUGACUUCGGGAACAUUAAACAUUGAAAAUGCGGCCACCUCCACAACUUGCUUAUUUGCCAUGACAAUGUAUGCGAAUUAGGCACUGAAUGUUGCAUCAGUGAUCUUGGAGUGCAAAGAAGCGUUCCUCCCCACGCCAUCAAGUGCUCUCGCCGAGUGAGGCAUUUGCCUGCACCUUGCUAUAUUGUGUUAAUUUUAGCGACAGUGAUUUCUUCGCAUGUUUCAACGUUGCUUUUGGAAUUCUUCAGAGUCAAAAUUGACGAAGCUUAUUCGCAUCUCCAUUUCUCUCCAUGCCUAUAUGUUCGCACUACAUGCAGAGAUAUUCAGACCUCAUAAUUAAGGCAAGCAACAACGCCCGGCGAGAACAAGUGCACCAAAUAUUACCUCAAAUUAGCGCUGAAGACAAGUAACUACUAUACUGUUUCAAAUCACCUCCCAAAGAACAUGUGUACGUCGCACUAAAAUCGCGGCGAAACCGAAAGAGUGAUUUUUUCACAAUGUUGCUUGCGGAAUCUUACCAAACGUAGAAGCGUGCGAUGUAAAUACCCUAUGGACACUUUCACCACUUCACUUCUGACGUCAAAAUAUGAAAAUUCCUACGAACUUAUAUGUUUGUUCGUAAGCAACCCCUUUAUCCAAGGUAUGAGUCUGCAAGGCUUAGUCGGUCCUACUCCCGUGUUUGCAAGUUAGCCCUCCCCUAUGCAUACACGCACAUCACAAUAAGUACGAUCAGACUUCUCGAGUGAUGAUUCGGAAUAGGAGCCGAGAAAAACCUCGUAGAAGUGACCGCAGUGCAGUAGCCCUGCGAUCUGCUAAAGUGACGAGAUGGUCACAUGCAUGCUGCUAACUGCAAAGGAACCGAGAGACAAUGCUGCAACGGCGUUACAGUAUAUACGGGGUGUCCCAGAUAAAGUUUGCCAAUCUGCAAAAAGAAAAGAAAAAACAUGGUGCUAGAUACAAUUAUAAGAUCAACGGUGUUCGGUCCUCAGAUUUCUGACGACCAAACACCGUUGGUCUAAUAGUCGUAUCUUGCACAGUGUAUUUUCUUUCUUUCUUUCUUUCUUUCUUUCUUUCUU